GAUGACGUUUUAUUCUUCACUAUCCAACAAGUUAAAUUACGUUUUUUUGUCAUAAACGAUGUAAAUUAAGGUCGGAUUGUUAUCAGAGUUCAAUGUUCUACUGAAUUUGAAGCAGAAGUCUCAAGAAAUUGUCGGGGAAAAAACUCUGGUAACCUUUAUAUUUUUAUACCAUUCACCUAAAGGAUAAAAACUAGUGUUUCUCUAUUGAUUCAUAACUUCAUAUCGUUUUGCAAUUAAUUAUGUUGUCGUAAUACCAAUUAAUCGUGGACCGUCGUGCCUACUGGUAAUGGACCACAUCCCCACCGGAGUCUCGGAUUCUAUUUCCAACAUCAGCACAUUAGCUAUAGGGUGUUGAUUGAUGAUUAUCACUAGCUUAUUUGGUGGGGAAGCAACUCUUUCGUAUCUAGGAUUUUUCUUCUCUCUUCAUAUAGUAUGAACUGGGAUUGAACUCAACAUAUCAAGUCAGAGAUUAAGAAGAUGGUCCAUGUCUGGAUAUGUGAGUAGAUAGGUGAUUAAUGAUCAGUUUGUCGUAUUUCUUCCUCUCAAGAAAACUCUUGUGGGUUUGUCCACCACACAUACUAAUUAUUGAAUAUUUGGAUUAUAACAAAAAAGUAGGUACAUCAAACUUUCUUUAUCUAUGUAGCAAACACUUUGGAAUGCAGAAUUUGAUGAUAGGAGAAUUGUUAUUAUUCAAUACAUUUGGUUACCGUCCACGUUUGUGUUUGGCUCCCCGGCUAUUAAAAUAGUUGAGUCUACAUAUGAAGCAUAUUUAAAAGUUAGCUGUUGGUUCGUAUGAGUGCGUAUCUUAUUUUUAAAUAUAUUUUACAUCUUUUCGACAGUUUGGAAAUCUGGAGUAUGGUCAUACCACGUGAAUCACCUAUACGUAUACAUAUUGAACUUACGGUUUUAUUGAUAACGUAAUAUAAUCACUGUGUAUAUAUACGUAACAACUAUGAAUAACGACAUGUUUGAAUUUCGAUAAUAUUACAUCAUACUAUAUUAUUUUCUUUUUGUCAGAAAUAUUAAAUCAUAUAUAACUAGUUUUUUAUCGUAUCAUAUAUAUAUAUAUUUAGUUGCAAUCAACAAUCUAAUUAUUUUCCAUUUUCCCUGGACUUUUCUGCAUACCAACAAAGACGACAUCCACAUUUAAGUUAUAAACUGUCCACUCCACAUAACACCUACGUUCGUACAGAUAACUUCUCAACCAAAUUCUACAUAAAUGUGUUCAUACUAUAUAUUAUUUUACGUUUUUUUUCAAUAUAACGAAUUAUACAAAGGUUCUGCAUAAAAAAAACAUUUGCAAAAAAUUCACUAAUGUCUAGGCUUAUUUUAUUUUUACUUAAUUUUUAUUUUAAUAAUUUUAUCUUUCAUGAACUAUUUUGAAAAAAUAUCUUUUAAUGUUAAUUAAAUAUAUCUUUAUAUAUUUAUCAGUCACCUUUAUAUAUAUAUUUUACAUACACAUACAUGUAAAUAUCGGCACGAAUCAGAUAUCUGGAGGUUUGAAAGUAAUUGUGAUCCGAUUCCUUUUGUCUGAAUAAUUAAUUAUCCGAUUUGAUUUGAUUCAUAGCCAUCCGGAUAUACGGUGUUCCGGAUAUCCGGAAAAUUUUAUAUUUUUAACCGGAUAUCCGAUUCGAUCCGUAAAAAAAAUAAAAAAUAAAAAUCUAAAAUAAUAUAAAAUAAUAAAAUAUUAUUACAAAAAUAAAAAAAUAUUUACUUUUUGAAUACUAAUAGCUAAUUUAAUAAAUUUAGUGAAUAAAAAUAUUGGAAAACUUAUUUAAAAUAUAUUAUUUGUAUAACUUAUAUAUAUAAUUCAUUAAAUAUAUGUAUAUAUAUAGCAUAUAACGAGUCAAAUCGGAUAUUUGUUUUCAAAAAAAUUAAUAUUUGUGAUUUGUUUCGUUUUCUACAGAUAUUACAUAUUAGUAUUUGCUUUGCUUCGUAGAAUUACUGAUAUCCAGAUUUUCUGUUCGAAUCGAAAAUGAUAACCAAUUGAAUCAAAAUUUACGGAUAUUUUGCCUCGCCCUACAUACAUGUGUACAUUGAUGUGAACACAUAUAUAACUAAAUAUUCACUAAAAAUGAGGAUUCUAAUUUUCUUGGAAGCUGGUAUAUUCUUUUUUUAAUGUUUCCUUUUACCAUCGACCAAAUUCUAAUGAGAUGAUUUGUUUUAAUAAUUUUUUUUUCUUUUUCUUCAGUUAUUAUCUAGAUUUGAUUUGAUUUUUCAUGCAUUUAUAAAUUAUAAUAUGAAAUCAUUUGUUCGACAUCAGGACUGUCUAAAAUUCAUAUAACAUGGAACCAAACAAAUAAUAAUAGAUUUUGGUUAUCAUUGAAAAAAUAAAAAACCUCAAGCAUUUUAACCCAAUAAACAAAAUAAAUAUUGAUUCAGAACGAUAGUUAUAUUUUAGUAGAUUAAAAACAAAAAAAACUAAAAUAAAACCGAACUGAUAUCAAAAUUAAAUAGACUUGAUGUCUUCUUAUCUUAAGAAAUAACGAAAUUAAUAAUUUCAUCCCGCGCAAGGUGCAGAUUAUUAUUUAGUGUGUGUAUAUAAUACUUUCUCCGUUUUUAAAUAAGUAUCAUUUUGACAUUUUUCACACAUAUUAAAAAGGUGAAAAGCUUAAUUAAGUUUCUAUUGAUUAUACAUGUUUGACCAAUAAUAUUUCAGAUAAAUAAAAUUAUUUAUAGAUCAAUGCAUUUUGUAAUUAAUUUAAACUGAAAGUAAAUAAAAUUUGUAUAGAAAUUCUAAAGGGACAAGAAAAAAUGUUAGAAUGACAUGUAAUAUAGGAAGUAAUAGUCAAAGUCAUUCGUAAUUGACCGAGCACCAGUUGAACGCCACCAAAUACUCAUUAUAUUGAUAACCAUUUACCCUAUAUAUAUGUAUGGAGAACCUUUAUUCAUAGAGACAUGAUUCGUGAUAUAAAGAGAUCGAUGUAGUGAAUAUGAGUGGUGAAGGUAAGGAUCACGAAGAAGAAGAUGAAGCAAAACUUCCUGGAUUCAGGUUUCAUCCCACUGACGAAGAGCUUUUAGGGUAUUAUCUUCGAAGAAAAGUAGAGAACAAACCCAUCAAACUCGAACUUAUCAAACAGAUCGAUAUCUACAAGUUCGAUCCUUGGGAUCUUCCCAGAGUAAGCAGCGUUGAGGAAAACGAGUGGUACUUCUUCUGCAUGAGAGGCAGGAAAUACAAGAAUAGUGUUAGACCAAACCGAGUCACCGGUUCAGGUUUCUGGAAAGCCACCGGUAUUGAUAAACCGGUUUACUCCAAUCUUGAUUGCGUUGGCCUAAAGAAGUCUCUAGUUUACUAUCUUGGUUCAGCCGGUAAGGGCUCUAAAACCAAUUGGAUGAUGCAUGAAUUUCGCCUCCCAUCUACCGCAAAAUCUGAGUCACCAACUCAACAAGCAGAGGUGUGGACACUAUGCAGAAUCUUCAAACGAGUCACACAUCAUCGAAACCCAACCACCCUACAACCAAACCGUAGACCGGUUAUCACCUUAACUGAUUCAUGUUCGAAGACAAGCAGCUUAGAUUCCGAUCACACUAGCCAUCACGUCGUAGAAUCCUUGUCCCACAAGCUACAUGAGCCGCAGCGUCAGCCACAGACGCAGAAUCCUUAUUGGAACCAACUUACUACGGUUGGUUUCAAUCAACCGACAUAUACUUGUCAUGAUAACAACUUGGUUAAUCUCUGGAACAUCAACGGUGAAGAUUUCAUCGGAGAACCAGCAAGUUGGGAUGAACUUAGAUCAGUUAUAGAUGGAAAUACUAAUCACUUGUAAUAACUUUUCUAUCUCCUAGUGUGGGAGAUGUGUUUGAUGCUGAUUUUGUUCUCAUUCAGAACCAACUCGGAUCCUGUUUUUUUUCCUUCAUGUUUUGAUACUACUAAUAAUAUUAUAUACAUAUCAAUA